CCUCCUAUCAUAACUAUUGUGUGCCUUUUCUUCUUCUUCUCUACAGUUUUUUGCUUUUUUAUCAUUUGAUCAAAGAAACUGAAGAAAAAAAAAAUGUGUGGUUCAAAUCCUAAUGUCUCGGAGGCUGGUCGGACCAUGAUCAUAGGCUCAACCGGGUUUAUAGGCCGCUUUGUGGCAGACGCUAGCCUCGACUCUGGUCGGCCGACGUACCUUCUUGUUCAGCCUAGACCAACCUCCCCUUCCAAGGCGUCCAUCAUCAAAUCCCUCCAAGAAAAAGGAGCCAUUAUCAUACAUGGCUCAAUUGAGGAUCGGGAUUUAAUGGAGAAGGUUCUGAAAGAGCACAAGAUUGAGGUUGUAAUAUCAGCUGUUGGUGGUGCACACAUCUCAACCCAGCUCAGUUUAGUUGAUGCCAUUAAAGCUGUAGGCACUGUCAAGAGGUUUUUACCAUCGGAGUUUGGGCACGAUAUGGACAGAGCGGACCCAGUGGAGCCAGCCCUGACGAUGUACGAGGAAAAGAGAAGAGUGAGACGGUAUAUUGAGGCGGCUGGGGUCCCUUAUACAUACAUUUGCUGCAACUCUAUUGCUGCUUGGCCCUACCAUGAUAACCAUCAUCCGGCUGAUGUUCUUCCUCCUUUGGAUACCUUUCACGUUUAUGGUGAUGGCACUGUCAAAGCUUAUUUUGUGGCGGGUGACGACAUUGGGAAAUUCACAAUAAAAUCCAUUGAUGAUGUUCGAACACUCAACAAAACUCUUCAUUUUCGGCCAUCCGGAAAUUUGCUAAACAUAAAUGAGCUUGCAUCUUUGUGGGAGGAGAAGAUUGGGCGUAAGCUCCCUAGGGUCACCGUUUCAGAGGAUGACCUACUUACCGCCGCCAAAGAGAUGCGCAUCCCACAAAGCAUUGUUGCAGCCCUUACUCAUGAUAUUUUCAUAAUUGGUUGCCAAGUAAAUUACUCCUUGGACAAGCCGACCGAUGUUGAAGUCGUCUCUCUUUAUCCGGACACACCUUUCCGAACCAUUGACGAGUGCUUCAAGGACUUUGCCAGAUUGAUUGGUGACACUCCAAAAGUAGUCAACAAGCCCAAAAGCAACGAUGCCAUCAUUGUGCCAAAUUCUAAACCAGAAGCGUUGGCAAUCACCGCAGCUUGAGCAAGACUCGUUUGUUACUACAUUAUCCUAAACGUAUUUCAAGCUCUUCCAAUGUUGCUGUGUGAUUUGUUUGUUUUUUUUGUUGUUGUUAUGGUUCACUAUGUGUAUGGUGGUUCAUUAGUCGUACAUUUAUAUUUAGUUAUUGAAGUUUAGUCUUUAGGUCAUUUGUGAUCUUUGGAACAGUUCAAACUGUAGUUAAUAAAGCACCCCCCAAGGUAUACAAAAUUGGGGUAUGCGUACUUUCUCUCUUUAGCAAGUACUGCUUGCAUGUAAGAGAAUGCAGUAUUCAUUGUGAUAAUGUAUCGAGUAGCACCAAUAUUUAUUGCCAAAAA